AGUGCAGCAUACCACAUAGAAAAACUUAGAAAGAAUUAGCUAUUUCUGUGAUUUGUUAUGAAAUAUAAACGCACCGGUGGAAAACUCUAAAACAACGGAAUGUCAUCAUUCAUCAGGAGUAGAUUACUGUUAGGAGUACAACCUUUGCUCCAGGUAAAACAGUCAUCCCGCAGAUUGGCCCAACAAAAGUGGGUUCGUGUCCCACCACCGGUCAGAUCGACCAAUGAGAGCCAACAAAAAAUUUCACCAUUCGGAUGGAUGCUGUUGUCUAUUCCUGUUACAACCUUCGGCCUAGGCUGCUGGCAGGUUCACCGAAAGCAGUGGAAGGAGGAACUGAUUCGAAAUUUGGAAUCACGCAUACACAAGGAGGCGGUCCUUCUACCGGACACUUUAUCUGAGUUAGACCAAAUGGAAUAUCAAAAGGUUAUCGUACGUGGAAAGUUUUUACAUGAACAGGAAUUGCACUUGGGACCUCGCGCUCUCAUUCAGGAUGGCGACUCCAAAACUGCGGGCGGUUUGUUUACUCAAAAAGAGGGGUCAAUCGGUUACUGGGUUAUUACACCAUUCCAGUUAGAAGGCAGAGAUGAUAAAAUACUGAUUAAUCGUGGUUGGGUUCCGUCAAAACAGCUGAACCCAGCAACACGAUCGGAGGGACAAAUCAAAGGAACUGUCGAACUGCAAGCAAUCGUUCGAUUGCCGGAAACACGGCCUCAGUUCACUCCAAAGCAGCGUGGGGCCAUCUUCCUUUAUCGCGAUGUUCCGAAAAUGGCACAGAUUCGCAACACUGAGCCGUAUUAUUUGGAAGCAACGGCAGCUACAACCGUGUCGAACGGUCCCAUCGGUGGGCAGACGCGUGUGACACUGCGAAAUGAGCAUUUAUCGUAUAUUUUCACCUGGUUUAGUUUGUCCGGUUUCACCGGUUGGCUGUGGUUUCGGCAAAUAGUGCGAGGAAAAGGUUUUUGAUUGCCGCUUGGUCGUGUUUCACAAGUGGACGAUAAUGUAAAUAAAAACCUAAGCUAGUCUCUGUCGAGUGGUGUUUAAAUUUUAAACCAAGGUUUUCGUCAUGGAAUCUGAAAGUGGAGGCUUUCAAAGUUCCCUCUUUCAGAGGCCCGAAAUUUCGUUCAUAUCGAUUAAAAAUCUAUAUAUUUGGAGAGCGAGUAAAAAGAACGUGCUUCGUAUUUAAUCAAAGUUAUCAACUUCACAUACGAAAUU